AUGUUGAAAAGGAAGACAAGGAUACGGCCUGUUGAUGAUGCCAGGACACACAUUCAGUCUUUGAGGGACAAGCCUGAGUUUAUGGAACGAUUUAUCGAUAAUAACAAAGGAAGUGAAAUCGAAUACAACUACGGUGAUUCACAAUGGCCGUGGCGUAAAAAGGAGCCAAAGCAGCAGACUUCUGUUAUAGAGACCAAAACAUCCCUAACAGAUCACUCUUCCCAUGAUGCCUCCAACAAAGAUGCUGUCGUCACGCAGGAGCCAAAGCAGGUAUUUACCAUCAAAGGGUUUUCUCUAGUGAACUAUACCGAAAGUGAUGAGACGGAUGAGGAGUAUAUUAAAGACAACCCUCCCAGUCCACACUGUGAUGUUGUUCGAAAGAAGACGAGGAAUGGAAACAUUCAGGUGAUUGGAGUAGCUGAUUUUUCUGAUCCUCUGUUUGACUCAAAUGAGGGUAUAGUAGAUGAAACUGAUGAGGAUUCUAGUCUGCAGUCAGACAAUGAAGUUGUUCCAAAAAAAUUUUUGAUGGAUAGAGUACCAAAUUUUUCUGUUCCUCUUAAUGAGUCAAGUGAUGACAGCAUAGAUGAACCUUCCACUCCUAUGUCUGGAAUGGCUUCACAAAGGCCGAGGAGAAACUGUCACCGUCCUAUUCAAAGGAGUCUUGUAGAAUCCAGAAGUACAGGAGCCUGAAGUUGAGGACAGUGUGGCUUCCACACAGGAACCUACUUCCACGCUGCAUUCCCAAUACCAGAGAAAGUCGGCAAAAAAGACAGGUAAAGAAACUGCUGUCAAAAGAAGCUGGACAACAGAUGAAUGUGCGGCAGUAGAAAGGCACCUAAGGAAAUUCAUUGUGAGGAGCCAAGUUCCAGGGAAAAAGGACUGUCAGCGCUGCGUUGAUGCAGAAGCUCAAGCUUUAGGAAAUCGAGACUGGAAGGCGGUCAAAUACUUCAUCAAAAAUCAUAUUUCUGCCAUAAGAAGGAAAGUACAGUGAAAUACAGGUAGCUCAACGUAUUGGAUGCCUUCCCACUAGCAUUCACAUCGGGACAUGUUCUAAGUGUUUUCAACAGUUGAAAUUUAGUUGUUUUCAUUGUAUUAUCCUCUUAAAGGGUUAGUUGUCACCAUUUACUCUUAUUUGUCAUUUCAAACCCAUAAGAAAUUAGUUCAUCUUUGGAACACAAAAUAUGUUUUGAAUGUUUCCUCCAUUGUUUGCAUUGCCGCUCUGUCCAUUACUUGAGGGGUUCCGAUUGCAUUAGGCAGUUUGUGAAUGAAUGUGAUGACAUCAAACACCCCAAAGCGCUAACCUCAACAAAACUAAGGAAACGCAUUGCUAUCUGUUCAUCCUAAACUUUCAAGCUUCAGAGCAUUGAUAACGUAGAAGUAAUCCAUGUGGUUUAAUCCCAGUUUUGUGAUGUGAAUGCUCUCUCACUUAAUCCACCCACUUAACAUUAUCCAACAAUUGCAAUAACUGUGAACUGGACUUUGCAUUGAUGCAGCACACUCAAUUAUACACAUUUUCUGGUUAAAAGGGAUUCUUUGCCACAUAUGCCCUUUUCCUUGUUUUUUUUUUUAUGUUGCUCUGCCCUGUUUUUGUGCUAAUGUUGAUCUCACUUAAUCAAUCUGUUAUUCAUAUUAUCCACCAAUGCAAUAACUCUGAACUGGACUUUGCAUCGCUGCAGCGCACACAAUUAUACAAAUUUGUCCUGGUUACCAAUGAUUAUUCACCUCAUAUGUGAUUUUGUGUUAUUACCAAAUAUAUGUUCAUUGAGGACAAAUCAUGUUUUAAAGUUGUUGUUUUUUAAUCCAGUGUUUAGUGUAAAAUAUUACUCACGGUAUUAGUGCUAUAAUUCCACAGGGUCUUAAAGUCUUUAUUCAUUAGAUGAAUAGGGAGUUUUCAUGUGAAGUCCUCAAUUUAAAGGAGUAUAUUAUCUUUAGGUCGCAGUCAACAUGACUGGCUAGGAACAUGACUUCAUUAGAAAUUGAAGAAAAAUAACCAUGGGACAAACAAGAUCCCCUUCAGCAAAACUGCACAGUUCAUUCAGUGACCAAUACAAUGCAGACAAAGUACAGGUGGCGUCCUGCAGACUGAAGCAGUUCAGGCUGUGACCAAUAUUUGAGGGCUCAUUGAUUUAGAAAAGUGUCUGGAGUGGCUUUUUUAUGCCAUGUUAAUGGCUAAACUAAUAUAGACGUGUGCGGAUUAAUUUAGAGGAUAUACAUUAUAAUCUAAAAAAGUUUAUAUGGUAAUCAAGGGCAAAUAAUGGAAGUAGUUGAUGUUUCACAGAUAGUGACUUUGGUCCCUUCUAAGAUAUAAAGAUUAGAAAUGUGUGUGUAUCUGUGAAAGUGGACCCCACAACUCCUAAAUGUUAAAUCCGGGCCCCACAAAUGACUCAAAAAACGCAUGUGCAAACAAUUUUGUUUGAAUUUUGGUAUAUUGAAGUGAUAUUUCUUAUUAGGAAUUUUUUGUUAUCUUGCUUGAUUUUUUACAAGUCUGUAGAACCACUGGAAGUGGUGGACCCCACAAUUGGGCAAAAAACGGUGGUCCCCCUUAUGGUAGAAAAACAAGUAUGUGUGUGUGUGUGUGUGUGUGUGUGUGUGUGUGUGUGUGUGUGUGUGUGUGUGUGUGUGUUGUUCCAGCUGUGUCCAGGCCUGGAGUCACACCAUCUCGUCACACACGCUCUACAUGUUUGCAUCAGCAAUAGUGCUGAUCGAACCUCCAACACUCAGUGUUAAACUUUAGUGUGUGUGUGUCUGGCAUCCUGUAGCAUUUGUGCUUCGGACAUGAAUCAUUGCUUAGUAACUGCAUAGUAACACCCUGGCAACCACCCACAACACCCUUGCAACACAUAGCAAUGCACCUAAACUCUUCAGAACACCUUAGCAACAGCAUAGCAUCACCCUGGCAAUCAUAUACAACACCCUAGGAACACAUAGCAAUGUUUCAAAAACUCCUCAGAACACCCUAGCAACAGCAUAGCAACACCCUAGCAACCAUUCACAAAAUCUCAGGAACACAUAGAAAUAUGCCAAAAACUUCUAAAAAAACCUGUAAUCAACCAUUUCAACACACUCAAAACAAUUCAAAACACCUUAGAAACUGCAUAGCA